GAAAGGAUAUGAUAUGAACUUGUGAAGUGCUGAGGAGAGAGAGACGAAACGAGACAGCAGUGAUCAAAUUCUCGAUUUUGGAGUUUCUCUUGCUUCGAUCUUAGUUUUGGUUCUGUAUUUUUUGUUCGUUUACUCGUCGAAUCUCGUUUCUAGAUCCAAAUCCCUAAUUUCCUGUCAUCGCCCGCCGAUUUUGAUUCUGGGGUUUUCUCGUUGGCCUCUAGAUUUAGGUUCGUAGUGUUUCUCACUCCUGCCCUAACCUUUACGCCAUGGAUUUUCGGGUCUCGGUUCUCCUCCUCUGCGCCGCCACCGCCGUAUCAUCUCUCCGAUUCGCUUCCUCCACUCCGGAAUUUGGUGUUUGCGAUCCGGAAUUCGAUGUGUUUCGGUGCGGACUCGAGGCGAAAUGCCCUCGUUCUCUGCAUCCGAACCCUCCUCUUGAGGUUGAUGGAGACUACCUUGACAGAGUAAUGGACUCAAACCAUGGAAAUGGUUAUAAAGCUGUACUCUUUUAUGCUUCCUGGUGUCCAUUUUCACGUGCCGUGCGACCUAAAAUCGAUGCCCUGGCUUCAAUGUUUCCUCAAAUAGAGCAUCUGGUUGUGGAGCAUUCUCAAGCACUGCCAUCUGUCUUUUCUAGGUAUGGUAUCCAUAGCUUUCCUUCGAUCCUGCUGGUUCAUCAAUCAUCAAAGGUGCGAUACCUCGGUGAAAAAGAUCUUGCAUCAUUGGUCCAGUUCUAUGAGAAAACAACGGGACUUCACCCUGUCCAUUAUGUAACUGAUGUGGAACAAACAAGUUCAGAUACCGAUGGAAGCUUGAACAAAUGGUUAAGUAAUGGUUCUUCUUGGAGAGAAAUUUUGACAAGGGAGUCAUACUUGGUAUUUGCAUUGCUGUUCCUCUUAGUAAAGCUGGGAAUCCUCGUCAUUCCCAGAGUGCUAUUGCGCGUGAAAGCGUUCUGUGCAUCUCACAUUCCCAAGCUGAACUUGGGAAUAAUCGGUGAGACUAUCCAGCUGUUCGGAUGUGCCCUUCAUAUGAUCGAUGUCGGGAGGAUAUGGAUGAAAACGAGACUUACUAAAACGAGAAACUUCCAUGAGAGGGCAAAGAACGCUCGGGCAUGGGCUUCAUCUCUUGCUUCCGUCUCUUUGAGAAGACCGUCUUCCUGCAUAUCCUCGUCUCAAGGGUGAAAAUAAAAAGCCCUUUGAGAUUUUCUCUAUCUUUUUCGGGUAGAGAAAAGGAGAUCGAGCUGUAGGAGGCACAGGUAAAAUUACUUUCUUAUCUCUCUUUUCUUUCGACGUGAGAGUUUGGUGGCGGAUGUUACAUAACUGAGCCGGUCUGUGACUACUACUGUAUGUGUCUCAUUUGCUUGUUGGUCAUCUUACUUGAGGAAACAUGUAAAUGCAAGAACAGCUUACUCUUCUCCGUUUGUGAAUAUUAUUAUUGUUCUCCCUAGUUUCUGGUUUUGCCUUCUUUGUCACGGAACUUUAAUGUGUACGCUGAGGGGAUACGAGCUUUGUUGAAUUGUAUUGUGUGUUGUGAGAUCGACUAAGACCUCUCCUUUUGGUUUCCU